GCAGCUAGGAUGGCCGUGCCCUUGACCGACAGCGAGAAACGGAAGCAGAUCAGUGUGCGGGGCAUCGCCGGACUGGGCGACGUAGCCGAGGUGAGGAAGAGCUUUAACCGGCACCUCCACUUCACCCUGGUCAAGGACCGCAAUGUGGCCACUCCCCGAGACUACUUCUUCGCCCUGGCACACACGGUGCGCGACCACCUGGUGGGCCGCUGGAUCCGCACGCAGCAGUACUACUAUGAGAAGGACCCCAAGCGCAUUUAUUACCUUUCCCUGGAAUUCUACAUGGGCCGGACUCUACAGAACACAAUGGUGAAUCUGGGUCUUCAGAAUGCUUGUGAUGAAGCUAUUUAUCAGUUGGGAUUAGAUUUGGAAGAACUUGAAGAAAUAGAAGAAGAUGCAGGUCUUGGUAACGGAGGACUGGGGAGACUGGCAGCUUGUUUCCUGGAUUCAAUGGCCACAUUGGGACUGGCCGCCUAUGGUUAUGGAAUCCGUUAUGAAUUUGGCAUUUUUAAUCAAAAGAUUAUCAAUGGCUGGCAGGUUGAAGAAGCUGAUGAUUGGCUACGUUAUGGCAACCCCUGGGAAAAAGCUCGCCCUGAAUAUAUGCUUCCUGUGCAUUUCUAUGGCCGAGUGGAGCAUACUGCAGAUGGUGUGAAGUGGUUGGAUACUCAGGUGGUGCUUGCAAUGCCUUAUGAUACUCCAGUGCCAGGAUACAAAAAUAACACUGUUAACACGAUGAGGCUGUGGUCUGCUAAGGCACCCAAUGAUUUCAACCUUCAGGAAUUUAAUGUGGGGGACUAUAUUGAAGCUGUUCUGGAUAGAAACUUGGCUGAAAACAUCUCCAGAGUCCUGUACCCAAACGAUAAUUUCUUUGAAGGAAAGGAGCUCCGGCUGAAGCAAGAAUACUUUGUGGUGGCUGCUACUCUCCAAGACAUCAUUCGUCGCUUCAAAUCUUCCAAGUUUGGCUGCCGGGAUCCAGUGAGAACCUGUUUUGAAACUUUCCCAGACAAGGUUGCCAUUCAGCUCAAUGAUACCCACCCAGCACUCUCUAUUCCAGAACUCAUGAGAAUUCUAGUGGAUGUUGAAAAAGUGGAUUGGGAUAAGGCCUGGGAGAUCACCAAAAAGACAUGUGCCUACACCAACCACACUGUCCUGCCUGAGGCUCUGGAGCGGUGGCCUGUCUCCAUGUUUGAGAAGUUACUGCCCAGACACCUGGAGAUUAUCUAUGCUGUCAAUCAGAAGCACUUGGAUAAUGUAGCUGCCAUGUUUCCUGGGGAUGUAGAUCGGCUGAGGAGGAUGUCUGUGAUUGAGGAGGGAGACUGUAAGAGGAUUAACAUGGCCCACCUUUGUGUAAUUGGGUCCCAUGCUGUCAAUGGAGUAGCAAGAAUCCACUCAGAAAUUGUGAAGCAUUCUGUUUUUAAAGAUUUUUAUGAACUAGAGCCAGAAAAGUUCCAGAACAAGACAAAUGGCAUUACUCCCAGACGGUGGCUACUGUUGUGCAAUCCAGGUCUGGCAGAGGUCAUUGUGGAGAAAAUUGGAGAAGAUUUUCUCACUGAUUUAAGCCAACUGAAGAAGCUUUUGCCAUUGGUCAAUGAUGAAGCAUUCAUCAGAGAUGUGGCCAAAGUCAAACAGGAAAACAAAUUGAAGUUUUCUGCCUUCCUAGAGAAAGAAUACAAAGUGAAAAUUAAUCCCUCCUCAAUGUUUGAUGUGCAUGUGAAGAGAAUCCAUGAGUACAAAAGGCAGCUACUGAACUGCUUACAUAUCAUCACUCUGUACAACCGAAUAAGGAAAGACCCAAGCAAAUCCUUUGUUCCAAGGACUGUUAUGAUUGGGGGAAAGGCUGCUCCUGGCUAUCACAUGGCUAAGAUGAUCAUCAAGUUGGUUACAUCCAUUGGUGAUAUUGUGAAUCAAGAUCCAAUUGUAGGAGACCGACUUAAAGUGAUCUUCUUGGAGAAUUAUAGAGUGUCUUUCGCUGAAAAAGUGAUUCCUUCAGCUGACCUGUCAGAGCAAAUCUCCACUGCUGGCACAGAGGCCUCAGGAACAGGGAACAUGAAGUUUAUGCUGAAUGGCGCCCUCACUAUUGGGACCAUGGAUGGUGCCAAUGUGGAGAUGGCUGAAGAAGCCGGUGAAGAGAAUCUUUUCAUCUUUGGGAUGAGGGUGGAUGAUGUCGAAGCCUUGGACAAGAAAGGGUACAAUGCCAAGGAGUACUACGACCGCAUCCCGGAGCUGAAGCAAGUGAUGGACCAGAUCAGCAGUGGAUACUUCUCUCCUAAGGAUCCCGACUGCUUCAAGGAUGUCGUGAACAUGCUCAUGUAUCAUGACAGGUUUAAAGUGUUUGCUGACUACGAAGCCUAUAUUGAAUGCCAAGCAAAAGUGGACCAGUUAUAUAGGAAUCCCAAAGAGUGGACAAAGAAAGUCAUCAAGAAUAUCGCUUGCUCUGGGAAAUUUUCCAGUGAUAGAACAAUCACUGAAUAUGCCAGAGAGAUAUGGGGUGUUGAGCCCUCAGACGUGAAGAUCCCACCCCCCAACAUCCCCAGGGAGUAGCUUGUCCUGUCCAUGGGACACUGUUGGUCACAGCAGUCUCAUGGAUUCAAGAUGGAAGUGUUUCUGGCUUCUAGUUAACUUCGCACCUAACACAG